GCAAGAUCUCCUGCUACUUAGAGUACGGAUAGCGUUUUUAGCUACCAACGAGAUCGAACAGAUUGCAGCUAAUCGGUCAAACUCAUACUCGGAAGAUCCGGUCCGGUCGUACUUAGAAAUUAUCCAGUACAAUUGUAGAAAAUCACAGAACUUUGGGACAUGUAGAGUAUCGUCUUCGGGAGGGUUUGUGAUCGAUUGGCGAUUCAGCAAGCGGCAGAAUGGCAAGAAGCAUGGCAGCAACAGCACCGGGGCAGGAUAUGGACGAUAGCCGCUUUCGUAUCCGACCGUAUCAGCAAAUACUAUCCUCCUGUAGUGGCGCUCUUGUGACGUCGCUCUUCAUGACUCCGCUGGACGUGAUCAAAACGAGGCUGCAGGCACAGCAGAAAUUGCUGCUCUCCAACAAAUGCUACCUUUACUGUAACGGAUUGAUGGAUCACAUCUGCCCUUGCGGACCCAACAUGGGCCCAUCUGCCGUCAGUAAACCUACGCUUCACUUUACCGGAACGAUCGACGCGUUUUCAAAAAUAAGUCGCUAUGAAGGAGUCGGUUCUCUGUGGUCUGGCCUCGGACCGACGCUAGUUUUGGCCCUUCCAACGACGGUUAUUUACUUUGUCGCCUACGAACAGUUCCGCAUACGGCUGAAGGAGCUGUACCAAAGCAGAAAAGGAAAAGAUGCGGAACUACCGAUCUGGUUACCGCUAAUAGCAGGCAGCUCAGCCCGUGUCCUGGCGGUGACCAUCGUUAAUCCGCUCGAGUUGAUUCGCACAAAGAUGCAAUCGGAACGGCUCAGUUACACCGAGGUCGGGCGUGCAUUCCGUAACUUGGUCCGGAUGCAAGGAGUUCUCGGAAUGUGGAACGGCUUCUUCCCGACCAUUCUGCGAGACGUACCUUUCAGCGGUAUCUACUGGACGACGUAUGAGACCAUCAAAAAGCGCUUCAACGUUAGUCAACCGACGUUUGCGUUCAGCUUCGUUGGCGGAGCCAUUUCUGGUGGUGUGGCCGCAUUCUGCACGGUUCCAUUUGACGUGGUCAAAACGCAUCAACAGAUUGCAUUCGGCGAACAGUUCCUAUAUCCCCAGAAUGGCGCCAAAUCAAAGAAACUCACCGGCAGCACAUUCGGUACCAUGCGGAAGAUAUACGAGAUUAACGGUAUCCGUGGUCUGUUUACCGGGCUGACGCCACGAUUGGUCAAGGUGGCUCCCGCUUGUGCCAUCAUGAUAGCGUCGUUCGAGUAUGGGAAAAACUUUUUCUACUCCUACAACGUCGCACGAUACCACGAAAAACUCCACGCUACCGGUGGUGGCUCCGCCGGUGGUAGCUCCUCAGUGGUUAGUAGCUCCGUUCCAUCAUCGCCAUCUAUCGUUGCAUCUCAUAUCCCACGGACCAUGGCCGCUUCCCCCGCCGAAUAAACAUUAUUACUAAGCGACCUUUUUUUUGCUCCUUGCCCCAAUCAGUGAUGAUCAUCGUUCUUCACGGCAGUUCAUAGCUGCAAAUCUCUUCUUUCCCGGCACUGGUUGCCUACACGCAGUGAGAAAAGUUUGAGGGGAAAUGAACGAAAAAUAUUGUGCAAUAGUUGUGUACAGAUUAAAUUGUUUGUUUCAUAGUUCAAAGAUAGACCGGGUCGUUGCUUCGUGCUCAAGCAUCCGAAUCAGCAUCUUUGCUGCGGUAACAGCCUUUGCUGAUAGGGAGAAAAG